ACACGUCUUUUCAACCGGAAAACGUCGCUGCGGACCUUUAACAAAGCAGGAAGUGUCUCCUCAUGAAGUGACAGUUAGCCAACAUGGCGCUUGAUGUGAAAACUAGAAACAAGCGCUACGAGAAACUGGAUUUCCUCGGAGAGGGUCAGUUUGCCACAGUGUACAAAGCCAGGGACAAAACUACUGACACCAUAGUGGCCAUUAAAAAGAUUAAGGUUGGCCACAGAACCGAGGCUAAAGAUGGUAUAAAUAGGACUGCUCUGAGAGAGAUCAAGCUGCUGCAGGAGCUGCACCAUCCAAACAUCAUCGGGCUGCUGGAUGCCUUUGGACACAAAUCUAACAUAAGUCUGGUGUUUGACUUCAUGGAAACGGAUCUAGAGGUGAUCAUCAAAGAUACCAGCCUGGUCCUGACUCCAGCCAACAUCAAAGCCUACAUCCUCAUGACUCUACAGGGAUUAGAGUACAUGCACCACCACUGGGUUCUGCACAGGGAUCUGAAGCCCAAUAAUCUGCUGUUGGACGGCAAUGGAGUGUUGAAGCUUGCAGAUUUUGGUUUGGCCAAAUCAUUUGGCAGCCCCAACAGAGCCUACACACACCAAGUUGUUACCAGGUGGUACCGCUCCCCUGAGCUCCUGUUUGGUGCCAGGAUGUACGGUGUGGGCGUUGACAUGUGGGCAGUGGGAUGCAUCCUAGCAGAGUUGCUCCUGAGGAUACCAUUCCUUGCUGGAGACUCAGAUCUUGACCAGCUGACUAAGAUCUUUGAGGCUCUUGGGACAGCCACAGAAGAAACUUGGCCUGGAGUGAGUAGUCUACCAGACUACGUGUCCUUCAAAAUCUUCCCUGGCACACCUUUGGAACAUAUAUUUAGUGCAGCAGGAGACGACUUACUAGAACUACUACAGGGCCUAUUCACCUUUAACCCCUCGACAAGGAAUACAGCUACACAGGCUCUGAAGAUGAGUUACUUCAGUAAUCGGCCUGGUCCCACUCCUGGACCCCAGCUCCCUCGACCCAACUGCUCAGCUGAGGCUCUCAGGGAGAAGGAAACAGUCGGACUCAAGAGGAAGAUAGAAGGCCUGGAGACAACUGUUAUGAAGAAGAAGCUCAUUUUCUGACCAGAUGGAGCUUUGUAAAUCAGAUGGUUGCCAUCUUCACUCCACCGUGUGGCUCAGCCUCCCACAUCGCUCAGGAUUGUCCUCUGGAAAAAGUCCCAAAAAAAGAAGACCAAACCCAGCACAGAAUAAAAAAGGCUCAGGUGUGGUAGACUUUAGGUCAUUUUAGAGGUUGAUAGCUGUAAUGAGUCGGGUAUUGGGCCUAUUAGCUCCAAGUAUCAUGGUGCUGCGGUGUCCAGCAAGUCCAGAUGUACAAUGGAGACUGUCUGUGGUCAGAGGUGUUGGAUCAGGUCAAUGUUAACUGAUGCCUAAACUGAGCCCAUUGGAAUAUGUCUAUUUAUGUAACUGAGAACAACCAAACUAGCAAGUCUGCGUUAUCUCAUGUAGAUGUAAUUUUAUUUUUUGUAUGUAAAACCAAUAAAUGGUCCAUUUGCAUA